ACGCUUUGGAGACCAGGAGAAUUCGUCUGCGAGAAUGGCGUCCGAGGUCGCUGAAGAUUUUCCUUUGGAAGGCUUGUUACCUAAAAAAGAGACUGGUGCUCAUUCAUUUCUUACAAAGUAUCCGAACUAUGACGGAAGAGGUGUUCUUAUUGCUAUUUUAGACACAGGUGUAGAUCCAGGAGCCUCUGGAUUACAGACAACACCAGAUGGAAGCCCAAAAAUCAUUGACUUAAUUGACACAACAGGAUCAGGUGAUGUUGACACCUCUAGAAUUGAAGAGGUUAAAGAUGGAGAAGUUACAGGUGUUACUGGACGGAAACUUAAGAUUCCAGACACUUGGACAAAUCCCUCUGGGUUAUAUCAUGUAGGAGUGAAGCCUGCAUAUGAUUUGUUUCCAAAAAAGCUCCAGGAUAGACUCAAUAAAGAAAGGAAAGAGAAAAACUGGAACCCAGCACACAGAGAGGCUAUAGCUGAGGCCACAAGAAAACUUGAACAGUACGAGGCAUCUACUUCAAACCAGGACGAUAAGCUGGAAAAAGAAAAUCUCCAGAGUUAUGUUGAUAUCCUGAACAGUUUGGAGAAGAAGUACAGUGACUGUGGACCUAUCUAUGACUGUGUUGUUUUCCAUGAUGGAUCAUCUUGGAGAGCCUGUGUGGACACAACAGAAAGGGGAGACUUGUGUGAAUGUAAACUGCUGGCCAGCUACCAUGAAGAACAAGAGUUCGGCACCUUCAGUCGGAUAGACAUGAUGAACUACACUGUCAAUAUUUAUAAUGAUGGGAACACCCUUGAAAUUGUCACAAAUGCAGGGGCCCAUGCUUCCCAUGUGGCAGGGAUUACAGCUGGAUAUUUCCCUGACCAACCAGAGAGAAAUGGAGUAGCCCCUGGGGCACAAAUUAUAUCCAUUAAAAUAGGGGACACAAGGCUGGGAUCUAUGGAGACUGGCACCUCACUAGUCAGGGCUAUGAUCAAAGUGAUAGAAUAUAAGUGUGAUCUAGUCAACUAUAGUUAUGGUGAGGCAGCUAGCUGGCCAGAUUCAGGGCGUGUGGUGGAUAUAUUGUCAGAGGCUGUGAAUAAACAUGGGGUGAUUAUUGUUAGCAGUGCUGGAAACAAUGGCCCCGCCCUCUCUACUGUUGGGUGCCCUGGUGGCACCACUAAUGCAUUGAUAGGGGUAGGGGCCAUGGUGUCUCCAGCAAUGAUGGCAGCUCAGUACUCCCUCAUGGAAAAACUGCCAUGCAACCAGUACACAUGGUCCUCUAGAGGACCAACACAUGACGGCGAUCUGGGAGUGACCAUUAGUGCUCCGGGGGGUGCCAUUGCCUGCGUUCCAAAUUGGACUCUGAGGGGCAAUCAGCUGAUGAAUGGAACAAGCAUGAGUUCUCCAAAUGCUUGUGGUUGUAUAGGACUUAUACUGUCUGGACUGAAAGCCAAUGGUAUAGAAUAUUCACCUUUUAGUGUGAAGAGGGCUUUGAUAAAUACAGCCACUGCUGUGCCAAACAUUGAGGUCCAAGCACUGGGACAUGGUCUUAUACAGGUGGAGAAGGCCUAUGAUUUUCUGACCAAUUUUGCCAAAGAACCAGAGGUUAAGGUAGAAUUCAAGCUUUCAAGUUCAGAUGGAAAGAGAGGAAUUUAUCUGAGGGAACCCCAUCACUUCCGUAAACCUUAUGAAACAAAGGUGUCAAUUUCACCAAAUUUCUUUGAGGACCACGUGGAACAGGAGGAGAAAAUUAACUUCUGCAUGCAGUUUAAUUUGAACUGUGAUGCCUCCUGGGUGCAGUGCCCCUCCCACUUAGAAUUGAUGAAUGUUGAGAGGUUAUUCAGUGUUAAGGUGGAUCACAGAGGGCUCAGUGAAGGGGUUUAUUACACUGAGGUGAAAGGCUUUGAUGUGAAGUGCCUUGAAAAAGGCCCUGUAUUCAGAUUUCCAAUAACAGUGGUAGUACCAAGCAAAAUUGAUGAUGAGAUCAAGUGGGAGAAAUCUUUCUCAAACAUGCUCUUCAAACCAGGACAAAUCCAUCGUCAUUUCAUUAAGGUUCCUACAGGUGCAAAUAUUGCAGUAUUGAAUGUUGAGUCGACUGAUAAAGAAAAGAGCUGCAGAAUGCUACUACAUGCUGUACAAAAUCUACCACAGCAUCAGUACACCAAACUUGAGUUUGAAAAGUUUAUCACAUUAUCAGAUAGUGGGGAGUCCAAACAUGCAUUUAGAGUGGAGGAAAAUGGAACUUUGGAAUUGUGUAUAGCCAAAUGGUGGGCCAAUUUAGGGGAUGUUACUCUUAACUACAGCAUAACAUUCCAUGGAGUCACACUGGAUGUAAAGAAACCUGUUCUGCAUGCUUCAGAUGGAGUGGCCAGAUACAAUAUCAGAGCCAACCUUAGGAGAGAGGAGCUCAGUCCAACCAUAUCACUGAAGACACUGGUACAACCUCUCAGGCCAACAGAAUACAAGAUAAAGGUUCUACCAGGAUCUAGAGACACUCUGCCAGAGGAGAGACAUAUAUUUGCAUUGGAACUCACCUACAACUUCCACCUAGACAAGGGAGGGGAUGUAACUCCUAACUGCUCGUUCCUUAGUCCAUUGCUGUACGAGUCUGAGUACGAGAGUCAGCUUUGGAUGUUGUUUGAUUCCAACAAACAGUAUUUAGGAUGUGGAGAUGCCUUCCACAACAGAUACACACUGAAGUUGGAAAAAGGAGACUUCACAUUGUUGCUUCAAGUUCGUCAUGAGAAGAAGGAUAAACUUGAACAACUGAAGGACCUGGUGGUUCAGAUCAAGUACAAAUUGGCAUCUCCCAUCGCUCUGAAUACUUACAGCAGCUGGCAAAAGGUCUUUGAAGGAAAGAAGUGUAACAGUUUGGUGUUAGGGAAAGGUGCUCUGCAGCCAAUUUUUGUUGCACCACUUGGCUCUGACAAAAUUCCUAAAAAUGCCAAACCAGGACAGAUAUUACUGGGGACACUGACUCUGUUGAAGAGUGAACCUCUUACUGAAACAAGUAGUGUACCUUUUAAAUAUGUGAUCACUGAAAUAGCCAAGAAAGAUAACCCUAAGAAAGAGAAGAAGGCAGGCAAAGACAAAGGAGAGAAAGAAAGUGAAAAGAAGGAGAAAACAAAAGAAGAAGAAUACAAAGAGUCACUCAGGGACCUACAAAUCUCAUGGAUCUCAAAAUUAGAACCAGAUCAUUCCUUGUUUGAUGAGUUAAGGAGUCAACACCCUGAUCACUUACCAGUGUUUACUGCCAGACUACAGAGUCUAGACAACCACAAGGAUAGGAAAAAGUAUCUGGGUGAAAUUAUUGACCUGAGUAAAUUCAUCAUUUCCAAAAUUGAUCAAAAGGAACUGCUAAGUUACUAUGGUAUGAAGUCAGACCCAAGACCAGAGGCAGCUACAAUCAAAGGUGAGAAAGACAAGGUAAAAGAAAUGCUGAUUGACAGCUACUUUAGAUUAGGUAAAGCCCAGGUCAGUGUCCUGGAGGAAAAGGCUAAAGAGGAGGGGGACACUGAGGGACUGCCCAGUGUGACCACUGAAGACAUGAAGGAGACUUAUCAGAACUUACAGCAGUGGAUAGAUCUCAAUGAUUCCAAGGUGUCUUAUUUCACAAUGAUGUAUGCUCAACACAUGAAGCAUUAUGGACGGGCUCUGAAAAUUCUGCAGAAGAGUUAUGAGGAGAAACCAACUCAGGAAAUUGAAGUCACAAUGGUCAAAAUGUUCAAGGAGUUAGGCUGGGACCAUUGUGUUAUACACCAGGAAAACUGGCUACACUUCAGGUAUCCCAAGACCUACCGACCUUUCUGAUGUCACUGAACCACUAGUCUUUCAUUGUCCUCACAUUGAAAUGUGAGGUAUUCACAGUAACUAAGUAGUUUGAGGUAGGAAAUGUACAAUGUACAUGUAUUGAAUUAAUUUUAUAUUGUAUUAUGUGUUUCAAGUGAUACUACUGUUGCUCAAAGAUUUCCUGUCUUUGAAUAUGUAUGUACUGAUAAAACUUUUAAAAGGUGCAUGUGAAAAUCUGUGGUUGUAGUUUAAACAUUGCUGUAUUAUGAUGAAUAGGUAUGGUAUUAGGAUAUACAUGUUGUUACUCUAUUGAGUGUAUAUGUAGUACAUUAGAUAUGUAUUGUUAGAUGGGUAAAAGAAAUCAAAUAUGUACCUAAAUUUUAUGUGGUAUUUAUUCGGAUUUUCACUGUCUUUAAUUUUAAUGCAAGCAAGUAUUGUGGAGUCAUGAAAAAUUAAAUACUGUCUGUACUUUGGGAGAAAUUUCAAGUUGGAAUUCAAUAUGUUAUUGUGAUAAUAAACAUAUUCAUAUAAUUUAUAGAUGACAGAUUCACCUCUAAAUGUAUCUUUUUAUUAAUUUAAAGCUCAUAAAAUUUGUAAAUGUGAUCUAAAUUUUUU